UUUUUAAAAUAUUAUUUUCGUCAUUUCACACCAAAAAGUUCUCCUCACUUCAACGGAAAUCCGAGAAAAAGAAUGGCAAAAGAAACAAAAAUAGGGGGGAAUUCCUCUUCUUCUUCUAACAACAAAACAAUUUUAAAUGGGAAAAUGCGCAAAGAAUUUAAACAACAAAAAAAUAAAAGAAUGAAUUUUUCUUUUGGAUUUUUAAAAUCAAAAUUAAUUUUAAAUUUUUGUUUAAUUAUUGCAAUAAUUAUUUUAAUUGGAAAUGGAAAUGCUAAUGAAAUUAGAACAUCAUUUCCAUUCGAAUUAAAUUUAUUUGAAAAUGAACUUAAUGAAAUUCCACCACAAUUUCAACUUAAAUAUUCUAAUAAUUUAGAAUUUUUAAAAAGAAGUAUAAAUAACAACAACAAUAUUCCUCCUUCAAUUCUUCCAUUAAAACCACAAAAAAGGCGAAUGGUUGUCCGUGUCCCUUUUGCAAGUCAAAAUCCAGAUGGAAGUCAAUUAAGCCGAAUAUACAAACAACUUUUUGAACCAACAGCUACAAGAACUAAAAAGCAACCUUUUUCACCUUUUUAUCAACGUUAUUUAAUGGAAGCAGCAACAAAAGGAGAAGAAAAUGGUGGAAAUAAAAUUUAA